AUGAAGCCAUCUCAGCGAUAUCAGAAGCUAACGAAGAACAUGAACUAUUGCAUGAAACUCAUUGGAUUUGAUAUUUUAAAUUCUCGCUUGAAAUUCAACUAUCGCACCUGGAUCACAGUCAUUGCCGUUACGUGCUACGGCAUUUUCAGUGUCCACUGGAUGAUCAGGCAGGCGGAGAUCAGUUGGACCGAGUGCUUAAAGGCCAGCAUUAUGAUGGGGGGCAUGUUGAAUGGGUCCACUGAGAUCGUUACCAUCGUAUUAAGGCAACCGGAAAUAAGGCGUCUGAUGAUCAACACUCGGCAACUGUUUGAGAACUACGAGCAACGGAAUGCGGCUUAUUGUAAGGCUCUCAAUUUGGGCAUUGAUCGACUGCUUGAUAUAUUGAAAAUGAUUCGCUUUGGUUACAUUGUCUCCUACCUGGUCAUGUGCCUUGUGCCUUUAAUCUUGCUCAUCUACAAUGGCACUCGCGUCACAAUCGUACAGUACGAGCUGCCAGGUGUGCCCCUGGACAACAACUACGGUUACGCCUUCACAUAUCUAUCACACUUGGUGUCGAUGUUCAUCGCUGGCGUCGGGUUUUAUGCGGGCGAUUUGAUGGGCUGCCUCGCUCUGAUGCAGAUUCUCACUUAUUCCGACAUCUUACAGGUAAAAGCCGACGAGUUAAACGCAGCACUUGACCAAAAGGUAGAAAAACGACGCACGGCCGUGGUAGGUGCAACAAUUGACGGAGACGGAGACGGAUACGGCGAACCACAAAUGCGACUCUUGGAAUCAAUCAAGUGGCAUCAGUGGUUGACUGAAUACUGUCACAAUGUGGACCAUAUAUAUCACAUCCUGAUCGCCGGCCAGGUGAUGUCCUCAGCCAUCUCAAUGCUGUGCACCUUUUGCGUGAGCAUCAGCGAAUUCCAUUUAAUAUCGGUCAUCUAUUUUGUGGUCAGUGGCUACAAAAUGUUGGUCUACUGCGUUGUGGGCACUAAAAUUGAAUACGCUGUUAGUUCUGCGCCUCAAACUAUGCGACAGCCAAAAACUAAUUCGAUUUCCUUCCUGUCUACUCCACGACAGUAUGACCAGGUUUAUGAAAGCAUCUGCAGCAUUAGUUGGCACGAACUGAACGGCUCGCAACGCAACAUGUUCCGGAUGAUGCUGAAGGAGGCUCAGAAUUCGCAAACCAUCAUGAUGCUCGGCAUGUUGCCAUUGAGUGUGCGAACGGCUCUCCAGAUUACAAAACUCAUUUACAGCGUGUCCAUGAUGAUGAUGCAGAAUCGCACCUAG